UUAAAAAUCAACUCAGUCUGAUUUUGACGAUUCCGAUAACGAUUUCUGGUGAGCCCUUUCUAUGGGCAAGAGAGGUGUCGGACGACCGCCAAUGAGAUAGGCGGUGCCACACCAAAAGAUGAUGGAAAGAACUAUUGUUAUACAAGCGGUGGUGGAAACAUCACAUGAGGGAAGUGCAGUUGUGGAAGAGGAAGUGGCUACGCCGACGAACACACAAUUGAAGGAUAGGGAUGACAGAACUAUGACACCGCGCAACAGCCCUAGGGUUAUCAGAGAUGCUUCUCCGAUUAGGGUUCCAACACCACAAAUUGGAGGGGAUGAAAAACCUAAAGGAAGAUUGUGGAGUGAUGUAAUUCAAGGGAAUAGAGAUCUCAAACGAGGAAUGGAAGUGGAAUUCAUAGCUUCGACGGUGGUCAAUGGUGAAGAUGAAGUUUCAAUUGAAGAUGCGGAUGUUGAAGAUGAACUACACUACUGGGAGAAUGCCUUGAUCCUAUUUGCUCUCAGAGAAACACUAUCAAUGAAUGCAGUCAAACGCUUCAUGGAGAAGGAUUACUGUAGGAAGCUUAGAAGAUAGCUCCAGUGUUUGUUGUAUUUGCUUUCGGUAGAAUAAAGAGAGUCUUGCUUUGAUAUGUAACAUCGGGGUUGGGGUCGUUUGAUUUUGAGAACCUUGUGCUCCUUGAAAUUUUAUGAGACUUUCCUGUUUGUUUUCAUUGUUUCCUUUUGGAUUUGAAUUAGGAAGCCUUAACAUAUUUUAUGAUGAUUUUGUUGAAGUUGAAUUAUCUCUUGGUAUUUGAUUUAUGUUAUAAAGAAGUUUUGAUAAUUAUGUUAUUCCGCUACGAUGUUGAAACUUUGUUGAUUUUGAAAUGCCAAAAAGGGCAAAAUGCCAAAAGGUCAAAUUAUAUUUCGUUUUCUUAUAUUUGUUGUAAUCCGUGUUACGGAGUAGGAUUAAUUGUUAUAUGAUGUCUUAUGAAUGUGUGACAGUCUUAAUGGGGCCAGUAUUUUUAAAUAAAUUGUCUAAAUUUACUUGCUAAUUUAUGUUUGUGGCUAGAAGGGUGUUAGACAUCCUGUCACUAAGCAGCUCCUCUUGGACUUUACAAAGAUUAUCCAUAGCACUUUCCAAUUGUUUUUUAAUCAUAUGGAAAGGCUUGAAUCCUUCCUUGAUAACUCUUUGCAACUUCUGAAAUUUCCUCCACACUCUGAACAUAGGUCUUCCAUUUAUAUCUUGAAUCCAAUUGUCGUCCACAGCUUUAAGGAAUCCUUCAGUCUUUGUCAAGUUAUUGGGAAAUUCGAAACUUAUGUUUUUCCUCUACACAUGCACACAGUUCUGCAGACAUAAAAGGGUAUGGUCUGAUAUUCCUAGGGCCAUCAUAGUCAGGAUACUCUCAGCAUUCUGUUGAUGCCAGCUAGUUUUCCCAGUGAGCCUA